AUGCACCCCGCGGCGGAGCCCCGCCGGCCCCGGCCCAUGGCCAAGCGGGCGCUGCCUGAGCCGUGGGGCGAGGCGCGGAUCCUGGCUGACCUGGAGUCCGUCUGCAACAGCUCGGCGCCAGGGCUGCCAGGUGUCUCCAACUUCACCCUCUACCUCUACUGCAACCACGUGGAUGGCUCCAGCGCCUCCAGCCCCACGGCCUCUGACCUGGGGACCACGUGCUCCGACGCUGCCUGGUACCUCCUGGUGCACGCGGCCGAGUGGGGCUCAGUCUGGGCCCGGGCCUGCUGGGAGCACUUCCCGGCCCAGUUCAAUGCCACGGUCUGCAGCAACGCCACGCUGCGCGACCUGCCCAGCCGCCACCAGCCCCGUCUGCAGGAGCUGUGUGCCAACCUGUCCCACCAAGCGCCCGAGGUCGCGGUGCCGAAGCACGGCGGCUGCCUGGAGGCCCUCCGCGGAGCCCCGCUCAGCCCCGAAGGCUUCUGGAGCUGCUUCCUGGAGAACCAGACUCUCUGGGUGCGCUGGCUGUGCAACAACGCAAGCCUGCACGGACUGCCCACCGAGACCAGUGCUGGCAUCUCCCGGCUCUGCCACGGCCACCGGCUGCAGGCCAAGGCGCUGAGCACCACGCCACCCCCGAGUGCUGACCCCUGCGCCGCUGUUGUGGUGGAGGCGGCGCGGCUGUGCGAGGCCCCCGUGUCCUACCUGCUGGAGGUGGUGUCGCGGCUGGCCUGGUGCGAGGAGGACACGGCGCGCUGGCUGCUCAACGUGAACUACCUGCUGCGCCUGCUGCGCUUCGUGCUGGCGCUGCCGGAGCUGGGCGCGGGGGCGCGGGCUGCACAGGGGCCGCUGGGCGAGGCCAUCCUGCUCUCCAGCCUGCUCGACAACGGCUCCUUCUGGGCCUCGCUGCGGCCCAACGCCUCCCUUAGCAUCCUGCAGGCGCUGGGCCGCUAUCUGGAGCAGGAGCAAGACCCUGCCACCAAGAAGGAGCUGCUGAGCUGCUUUGGCCCCGUGCUCUGGGACCUGAUCCAGCGUGAGGAGGGCGCCCCGGCCAUGGAGCUGCUGGUGCAGGAGUACCUGCAGAUGCCCCCGGAGAGCCUGCACGAGCUGCUGCUGUCGGUGGAGGGUCAGGCCGCCAGGCAGUUCCUGUCGCUUAUGCACCGCACCUGGCACCGGCUGCAGGUGCCAGCAGCAGAUGAGGGUGCACUGCAGUCACUGACCGCGCUGCUGCUCCGCCGCUUCCCACCGCUGACGCCCGUCGACCUGUCGCAGUUCAUCCCCUUCCUGUCGGCCUCCGACAUCUCCAGCUUCCCGCCUGCCCUCCUGGCCAACGAGAGCGUCCUGGCCGCACUCCAGAGCCACAGCGGACGCAUGACGCGGGCGCAGAAGAGCGCGUUCGCCCAGCGCCUGCUGCAGGUGCAGGGCUUGGCGGACGGCUGGCAGGACGUGCGACUGGGGCUGGCACAGGGGCGCCACGUAGCGCGGAGCCUCAUCAACAGGAGCCGCGGGGCGGGUGAGGAGCAGGUGCGCAGCAUCGGGACCCUCGCCUGCUUCCUGAGCCCUGAGGAGCUGCAGGCCCUGGCGCCGCUGCGCGACCCACGGGGGCCUGUGGAGCAGAGCCUGCUGGCGUGUGCCGCGGACGGGACACUGCCCCCGCACGGGCAGGUCACCUAUGCACUGGCUGACUUGCUGCGCUUGGCGGGCCCAGAGGCUGUGGAGCCGCAGGAGCUGCAGGCCUGGAGGGGGGUUGUCCCUGAGCUGGGCACGGGCUUCCUGCAGCGCCUGUCGCCUGCCCAGGUGAGCGCCCUGCUGCCGGAGCUGCAGGCCGCGCCACUGACGCCCGCCCAGCGGCACUGCAUCGGGGAGGAGAUCCGCUGGCGCCCGGGACCCACGGCCGAGGAGCUGGCGCAGCUGGGACCUGCCUUCCUCGUGGACUUACCGGUGAAGCUGGUCGAGCGGCUGCCCAACGACUCGCUCUGGCUGGUUCUGGACCACGUGAGCAGCCACCCCCAGAGCCUGCUGGCGCUGCCUCUCCACCGCCGCACCGCCCUGGCCCGCCGGGCUCUGCAGCUCCUGCGGUCCCCGUUGGAGCCCGAGAUCCCGGGGGAGGUCCUGGACCUGCUGGGCCCGCUGCUGGGCUUCCUGGACCGAGACAGCGCUGCCCGGAUCCGGCCCGAGAGCCUGCUGCUGCGGCUGGAGACGCUGCAGGGCGCCUGCCUCUCGGAUGAGUUCGCCACCACACUAGGACAACUGCUGCUCUCGAGGCGUGCACUGGGGCCGCCACAGGACUGGGGCCCCCCGGACCUGGCCCAGCUGGGCCGCCUGGUGUUCUUGCUGCCAGAGGAGAGCGCCCGGCACGUCCCCAGGGCACUGCUGAGCAGAGACACGCUGGAGCAGCUGCUGCAGAGCCAGCGGGCCUGGGAGCGGAGCGAGCUGGGCCGGCUCUGCUACCUGCCCGGUGCCCGGCCCGAGGGCAGGAGCUCGCGGGAUGCCCUGGUGUCCUGGCUCGUCAGGAGCCACGUGCCGGGAGGCCGAGACCCCAUCCCCAGCUGCGCUGACUUGCGCGCCACCUUCCCUGCGGCCUGGAGCGCCGCCCAGAUUGCCGCCAUGGCGCCUGCACACUUUGAGGGCUGCCUUGAGCUCAUCAGCCAGGACCCCGCGCUCUCCCCCAGCCAGCGCCGCGCCGCCCUGCUCAAGGCCAAGCAGCUGUUUGGAAACCCCCGGGUGCUGAGGCCAGUGCAGACGCUGCAGCUGGGCCUGCUGGCCACGCAGCUGAGCGAGCGGGAGCUGCAGGACAUGGAGCUCGCUGACUGGGGGGCCCUGUCCACCCUGGGGGCCCUGCAGGGUUGGACGGCGAAGCAGAUGUGGGCAGCUGUCUCCAGCUUCCUGCGGCAGCGAGGGGGCGGUGCGCGGGGCCUGGGGCUCCCGGAGCUGGCUGCCCUCGGGCACCUGCUGUGCGGGCUCCGGGAGGACGAGAUCCAGAUGCUGGACAGCUGGGAGCUCAGCCAGGCUGCCCCUUUCCUGGGCUCGCUGAAGCACAGCUGCUCGGAGGGGCAGAUGGAGGCGCUGGCUGCACGUCUGACAUCCAGCUCGGCCUUUGGCCCCGCCAACAGCUGGGGCCCUGAAAUCUUCACCGAGAUCGGGACGCUGGCGGCCGGGCUCCAGGACAUUGAGCUGUCCUCGCUCGUCCCCGAGCAGAUCCGGGCCCUGACCCCACUGGCCGUCGCCGGGAUCCCUGCCCCCAAAUUCUUGGUGGUCUUCCGCUCGGCCCAGCUGCUCGCCCUCACCAGCGCGCAGGCCGUGGCCGUGACCCCUGAGCAGUAUGAGCUGCUCAGUGCCGAGCAACGCCAGGCAGUCGCCAGUGCCCAGUAUGAGGGGGAGCUGGUGCCGGAUGCCCGGGGCAGGAACGUGGCCUGGCCCCCGUCGGACCCUGCCCUGGUGCUUGUCCUCGGCCUGCUUUCUCACCUCCUCUAAGCGCCGUCCGUGCCCACGUUUGUAAUAAACCGGCUGCCCUGCCUGCC